AUGGAGAUCGGGUUAAUUGGCCUGGGAGUUAUGGGGCGAAACCUUGCACUAAACAUUGCCGCAAAAGGAUACAAGCUCCAUGUUUUCAACAGAACAUCCUCAAAGACAGAUAGCCUUAUCCAGGAAAGACCGGAUAUCUGCCCUCAUUAUUCUGUAGAGGAUCUGGUUAAAGGGAUGAAAAGCUCACCAAAGAUCAUUCUUUUGAUGUUGACCUCUGGGAAAGUAGUAGACAUUUUUCUGGAGGAGCUUGGAAAACACCUGAGCAAAGAUGAUAUUGUAAUUGAUGGAGGAAACUCCUCGUUCAAGGACACUAUCCGAAGAAACAGCUAUGGGUUUGAGUUUGUUGGGUGUGGGAUCUCUGGAGGGGAAAAAGGAGCAAGGAAUGGAGCGUCCAUAAUGGUAGGAUGUGGCAGAGAAACCUGGGAGAAGGUUAGGGGGUUUCUCACAGACAUUUCGGCAACCAACAGCUCCACGGGAGAGAACUGCUGUGUAUGGCUUGGAGAAGAUGGGGCUGGGCACUUUGUUAAAAUGAUCCACAAUGGAAUUGAGUAUGGAGAUAUGGCAAUAAUCUCUGAGACCUACCUUAUUCUAAGGUCACUGGGGCUUGAUAACAGAGAGAUCUCCUCACUGUUUGACAAUUGGGACAAGAAGGAGUCGGAGAGCUAUCUCCUCCGGAUUUCAUGCAGCAUCUUAAGAAUGAGAAACGAGAAGGGGAGUGUGAUUGAUCAGAUAAUGGAUGUCUCUGAGCAGAAGGGGACAGGGAAGGAGACAGUGGUGACUUCUAUGGAGAUGGGGGUGGCUGUUCCUGCAAUAAUGGAGGCUGUUGCAUCUCGGAUUGUGUCGCAUAUGAAGGAUAAAAGAUGUAAACUCUCCUCAAAGCUGGAGAGUAUUAAGGGGGAGAAAAGAAUAUCAAGCGAUGCUGUGAGAAAAGGAUUUUAUCUUGCAAGGAUAGUUUCAUACAUCCAAGGGCUUAAUCUGCUGAUGGAAGGGAAGGAGAAAUAUGGAUGGAAAUAUACAAUUAGGGACAUUUCCAGGGUUUGGAGCGACGGAUGUAUUCUCCGGGGAAAGCUUAUAAAUGCAAUUGAAGAGAUGGGAAGGGGGCAGGAGGGAGAUUUUGAACUUAGCCCGGGAUUUGUGUCCUUGUGCAACAAGAACUUUCCGUAUCUGAAGGAGAUGGUGUUAUACUCGGUCGAGAACGAGGUGGCGGUUCCAACGAUUGCGUCUUGCUUGAUGUACUUGAGCGGAAUCAAGGAGAAAGAGGGGGGAGGAAGUAUGAUCCAGGCGAUGAGGGAUUAUUUUGGGUCGCACAUGGUAACGAUGGAGGGGGAGGCUAAGGCCGAGCACAUUGAAUGGGCUUAG